UAACUAGUCCCAUGAUGUCACCCUGGGGCUGCAGAUAGCAGUUCAGGCCGAGUGCAGGCUGCAGAUAACAAGUGGACGUGAAAGUUAAGUUUCAGUUUCCUUUUCCCCGGCUCUCCCCCCCUUUCUAUGGCAAUGCAGUUCCCCAGCCGGCCCGGGGGGCUCCCCGGCUCGCAGCCCAGGCGGGCUAUAAAGGGGCAGGCGGGUCCCAGCAGACACAGUCCGUUCAGGCCCCCAGAACCGGGCACUUCUCCAGCUUGGGCAGAAAACCAGUGCGGGGAAAGGAGCCGCCACCCCCCUGGCUGGGCCGGGGACUCAGCGGAGCGCAAUGAGCCCCCUGCGUCUGAAGGAGAAGCUGCAGGCCCUCCAGUGCCACUUCACCUGGAACUUUGAAAUCAGAGACAAGGUAGAUGCAGCUCACCUCCUCCAAACUCUGGCUCUCAGGAUUGCCCACACUCACAACCAGAACCAGGCCACAUUCCUUGCCAUGCAGGCUUAUCUCUGCCACCUGCAAGGGCAAUAUGAAGACGCUCUGCAAAGCCUUAGAGAAGCCGAGGAGAUUCUGCAAAGAGAUCACCCAGAUAACUUCCCCCGGCAGGUCCUGGUCAUUUACGGAAACUAUGCCUGGAUCUAUUAUCACUUGGCCCACUAUGAUUUGGUUGAGCUUUACCUGGACAAGGUUAGAAAGAUCUGCAGCUCCCUGAAGAGCCGCUCUCCAUAUGCAGCUCAGAACCCUGAGAUACAUGCACAGAAAGGCUGGUCUCUCCUGGCAGCAGGCUUCCGCAAUGGCAGAGAAGCCACACAGUGUUUCCAAAUGGCAUUAAAAGAAGACGCAGCAAAUGGGGAAUUUCUUGCUGGAUCGGCAAUCGCAGCCUUUCCAUCAUGGAGUCACUCUCACAAUUCUGUAUCUUGGAAUGAAGCCAGAGAGAAGUUGGGCACCAUUAUCCAUGAACAGCAGCAAAACUAUGAAGCUAAGGUGUAUUUAGCCAAGAUCCUUAAGGAGAGGGAUAGACAGCAAGCCGAAGCCCUCCUAGAAGAUGUUCAGAAUAGCCUGGACCCUGAGGUCCUGAGAUAUGCAGCCAUGUUCUUUCAGCCAGAAUUCCUAGAAAAAGCAAUUUCUGUUCUAGAGCGAGCAAUAGCUCUGAACCCCAAUUAUCAUCUCCUUCACUACGACCUUGGCGUCUGCUACAAGAUGCAGUUAUGGGGGGACAACUCCAGCAGAAGAGAAGAAAUAUUGGCAGCAGCUAUUGAGGCCUUCAAAAAGGCUGUGCAGAAAGAUCCAGCCUCUGUGUUUGCAAAGCUGGCUUUAGCUGAAAUGUAUGGAGAAAAUACACCUCACUACCAAGAAGAGAUUUAUCUCAAUCUCAUGAGUGAAAUGCCCAGCCUCAGCAAGAAGUGUCAGCAGGCAGUCUACCUUCACUGGGGAAAUUUCCUCUUUUACAAGAAAAACUCAGUGCAGGAGGCAGCUGAGAUGUACAGAGCAGGUUUCGCCAUUCCAGACAACUACCCGGAGAGGCAACAACUGAAAAGGAAGUUGGAAAAGGUGGCAGAAAUAUUCCAGCAGCACUCCCAAAUCACUGAGGCUAAGGCCAUUCAUGACUUCAUUCAAGAGACUGAAAGUCAUUCUCUUGACUAAAGGAGGAAGUCCACUGGUGGCAACAACAGAGCAGGAGACUGGAGAUGGAGACAAUGCAGGAUCCUUUCCCUUCCCUGGACACACCAAGACCUCCUUCUGAAGUGAGUCACUUUCCCCACUUGUGUAGCAAUGACAUUUGUGUUGCAAAUGAUUCUGGGUCCCCUGAAUAGUUCAGACCAUGGCACAUGCUGCUGCUGCUUCUUAGAAUUAUUAUUAGCUACCUGUAUUGUGAUAGCGCCUAGAUACCCAGACAUGGACCAG